CGAGACAGUGGGAUCCGAUCUAUUUCCUAUUCUCAAAAGCUAUAUAUAAUGCAGUUAAAUCUCUCACUCCCCUCUUGCCAAAUGCCAACCUAAGAGAAACAAAUAACAUUCUUGGUGAAACUAACACCAAUUAAACCUUAUGAAUUUUGUGGUGGUGUUUGUGGCGGCGGUGGUGUUGUUCUCACUGGCUUCUGCUCCAGCGAGAGCCGCAGUUACCUACGAUGACAAAGGUUUCAUCAUCAAUGGACACAAAAAGAUUCUCAUCUCGGGUUCUAUUCACUACCCAAGAAGCACUCCUGGGAUGUGGCCUGAUAUUCUAAAGAGGGCUAAAGAAGGAGGCUUGGAUGUUAUACAGACUUAUGUGUUCUGGAAUGGACAUGAACCAUUUCCUGGAAAAUUCAAUUUUGAGGGGAGAUAUGAUUUGGUGAAGUUCCUCAAACUGGCACAUCAGGCGGGGCUCUAUGUUCAUCUCCGCAUUGGGCCUUAUAUUUGUGGAGAAUGGAAUUAUGGGGGAUUCCCUGUUUGGCUAAGAUAUGUGCCUGGGAUGGAGUUUAGAACAGACAAUAAGCCUUUUAAGGUGGCUAUGCAACGGUUUGUUGAAAAAAUUGUGAACAUCAUGAAUUUGGAGAAAUUGUUUGAACCUCAAGGUGGACCUAUUAUUAUGAAUCAGAUUGAAAACGAGUAUGGACCAGUGCAGUGGGAUAUUGGUGCCCCGGGUAAAGCUUAUGCAAAAUGGUUUACACAAAUGGCUGCAGGUCUCAACACUGCCCAUGUCCCUUGGAUCGUGUGUAAACAAGAGGACGCCCCCCCUCCCAUGAUUGAUGCUUGCAAUGGAUUCUACUGCGAAAACUUUAAGCCACACCAUCCCCACACUCCCAAAAUGUUUACAGAACUCUGGACUGCAUGGUUUACAGCAUAUGGAACUCCGGUUCCUAGAAGAUCUGCAGAAGACACAGCUUUUUCAGUGGCAAGGUUCAUCCAGUAUGGUGGCUCAUACUUCAACUAUUACAUGUACCAUGGAGGAACGAAUUUUGGUCGGACUGGUGCUCUAUUUCUUACAACUAGCUAUGAGUACGAUGGUCUUCUCGAUGAAUAUGGGCUACCAAAUGAACCCAAAUAUUGGCACUUAGCAGAAUUGCAUAAAGUGAUCAAGCAAGCUGAACCAGCCAUAAUUUCAUCCUACCCCACAGUCACAUGGCUUGGCAAAAGUCAACAGGCUCAUGUGUAUAGUGCAAAGACUGGGGGGCAUUGCGCUUUGUUCCUCUCCAACACCGAUCAAUUUCCAGCGAAAGUGACCUUUUGGAACAAGCAAUAUGAACUGCCUGCUUGGUCAGUCAGUAUUUUCCCAGACUGCAAAACCGAGGCUUUCAACACUGCAAGGGUUAAGGCCACAACCCCUCUGCUAAGGAUGGUGCCAACCAAUACCUGGUUCACUUGGCAGUCCUACGUCGAAUACCCUCCAUCCGUAGGUGAUAAGGACACACACGCAACAGAUGGAAUAUGGGAACAAGUCAUUAUGACCCGAGACGCCUCAGACUACUUGUGGUACACCACAGAUGUGUUCAUUGCAUCUAAUGAAAAAUUUCUAAAGGAUGGGAAAGAAACGGUUCUAUAUGUCCCGUCUGGUGGACAUGAACUGUGCGUUUUCGUUAAUGGUCAACUGGUGGGAACUGCAUAUGGGACACUGGCAGACCCAAGACUAACAUUUUCUAAGGGUGUAAAACUAAAGGCUGGUGUUAACAAGAUUUCCCUGCUCAGUGCCACAGUUGGCCUCCCGAAUGUUGGCACGCACUAUGAACAAUGGAAUUAUGGAAUUCAUGCCCCAGUCACAUUGAGUGGUCUUAAUGAAGGGACAAGAGACUUGUCUAAGCAGAAAUGGUCUUACAGGGUUGGUAUGAAGGGUGAUUACUUACAUCUGAAUACUGGAAGUAACUCUGUGGCAUGGGCAGGAGGUUCACAUCUGACUUACAAAUACCCCCUAACCUGGUACAAGAGCACUUUUAAUGCCCCUGAUGGAAACGAGCCGCUGACGUUAGACCUGGGCAGCAUGGGGAAGGGUCUGGUAUGGAUAAACGGUGAAGCUGUCGCCCGCCACUGGCCGGCAAACACCGCUCGUGGCAAAUGUGGCAAGUGCACCUAUACUGGAUUUUACAGUGAGACAAAAUGCCUGACUCAAUGUGGGCAGCCUUCUCAAAGAUGGUAUCAUGUGCCGCGAUCAUGGCUGAAACCAUCUGGGAAUGUCUUAGUUGUGUUUGAGGAAUGGGGCGGCGACCCCAAGGGAAUUAAAUUGAAUAGAAGAACCAAGCAGUAUGCAAAUUAAAAUCUUUCUUCAUUCAAUUCUCUGCAAAUCUUCUAAUCUGAAGAUAUGCAUGCGGGCAUGCAGCAGCUUGGGAUCGGAUAUGAUAUUCAACCAGCCCUGUUAUAAGCUACCUAUACCAUUUGUGGCUUAGCUUUGAGAAAUCUUGUUUCAAUAAAAUUGUUAUUUCGGCCCCCAAAACGCGAAAUUCUCUUGCCCCAAUGCCCCACAUUUUUGUCCCGACAAAAUUGUUAUUUCAAUUCAUUCAUUUGUUGUAAAUUGUAAUGUCAUUUGUGAAUGGAAUAAU